AGAAUUCAAAUGAAUAGUUACCCUUCUUAAUCAGUAGAGGGAUCACCAAGAGGAGAACAAAUGUUUGAAUUUAAUUCUUUGGCACCUCCACUAAGAUAUGAUUUGGAGGAAGAAUUUGAAAGCUAUGAGAAAAGGAUGGAAGAAAUGGAAAAGACUAAAGGAAAGAAAAUGGAGGAAGAUGAUGAGGAAUAUAAACAAGACUUAGAAAAGGAGGAAGAGGGAGACGAUGACAAUGAAGAUGAUGAGGAAGAUGAUAUUGAUGACAGUCUUGGUAAGGACUUAGGGGAUAUGUUAGAGAGAUGCUUAAGAAAGUGGGGCAUUGAUAGGGUCUAUUGUAUUACUGUUGACAAUGCUAAUGCAAAUGAUCUGUUGGUUAGGUCAUUGAAAGAAUGCCUUAACAAAUGGGGGACUAGUGUGCUAAGGGAGAAAGAUUUGCAUAUGUGUUGUGUAGCACACAUUACAAACUUAGUUGUCCAUGAUGGUAUGAAAUUAUACAACAAUUUUGUGGAAUCAAUAAGAGCUUGUUGCAAGUGGGCUAGGCAAAGCACUUUGAGGGUUAAAACUUUUAACGAAACAGUUGCAUUUGAGGAGAUUGAUUUUAAAAAGAAUGUGUGCCUAGAUGUUCCUCAUAGGUGGAACUCAUCUUAUGAUACAUUGCCAAGGGCUGAGAAGUAUGAACAAGCAUUUGCAAGUAAUAGCACAAAUGCCAUGCCUAGUUCUAGUGGGGGACAAGGGCCUGAUCGAAGUAACCUUAAUCACCCUGUUGGAACUAAACCAAGUAGUGAGAAUGGUGUUGGUGGUGUUGUGAGCUUAAAGGUAAAUAGGAAUAGUAACAUUUCUUCUUGCCAAAGUGAACUAGGAAAUAAGAAAGGGAUGAAGGAUACUGAGAGAUUCAGAAGAUAUUUAUCAAAGGUAGCUCAGGAAAAGAAUGAGCAAUCAGAGCUUGACAUCUACCUUAAAGAUAAAUUCAAAAUCAUGGAAAAUGAUGCUCAAUUUUAUGAUGUUCUUUAAUAUUGGAAGCUCAAUAGUGCAAGAUUUCCUAUUCUUACAGCAAUGGCAUGAGACAUUUUAGCUACUGCAGUUUCAACAAUGGCAUCUGAAUCAGCUUUCAGCACAAGUGGUCGUGUGUUAGAUGACUUUAUGAGUUCCUUAACUCCUAAGAUGGCACAAGCUCUAGUAUGCGCACAAGAUUGGCUUAGGGAAAAAAGAAAACAUGUCAAUAUUACUCUUGAUUGUGAGGAUUUAGAUGAAUUAGAGGAAGCAGAAGCAGUUAAGUUUAAUAUUUUUAAAAAUAGAUUGUCUACCAUUUAAAUUCUGAUUUUAAAAAUUUUGUUAUUUUGGCUAAAUGUUAUUAUUGGAUUUUAUGGUUUGCAGAAUAUAGGAAGAAGUUACGUCCAUCACUUUUAGAUGGUUGAAAUUUUCUGCGGUGCAUGUGAAGUUCUGGACUUUUUUUUUUUUGGGGUUGCUUGUUGUUACAAAUGUUGUUGGUUGUUGCUAUAAAUACUGCUUUUGGAUAUGUUUUUUGGGUUGCUUCUUGCUACAAAUGCCACUAGCUAUUGCUAUUUGGGUUGCUUGUUGCUGCAAGCUUGCAAAUGUUGUUGGUUGUUGCUAUGCACUUAUACAUAUUGCUUUUGGAUUUGGUUUUUGGUUACUUGUUGCUGCAAAUACUGCUAGUUGUUGCUAUAAAUGCUGCUAUUACUU